AUGGCGGCGGGCUGCCAGACGUCGCCUAGGUCGUGGGGCCUGCUGUGCUACGCGGUUGGGUCUGGUAAGGGCAAAUAUUGCGAGGUGUGGCACGGCAAGUGGAAGUGGGGGAAGGUCGCCGUGAAGAUCUUUCCAUCGAGAGAGGAGCUGCAGUGGAGGAGAGAGAUCGAGAUUUACAACACAGCCUUCCUGCAGCAUGAGAAUGUGCUAGCAUACAUGGGCUCGGACCUGGCGAGCGAGGGUGGCUGCACUCAGUACUGGCUCGUCAUGCAGCUUCAUGAGGCUGGCUCUCUCUACGAUCAUCUGCAGCAGGUGGACAGCGUCGAUGCUGAGCGGUUGUUCUGCAUCGUAGGAACCUCACUCGCCGGUCUGCUACACCUACACACGCGCUUCUGCGGCAUCCAGGGCAAGCUGGCGAUCGCUCACCGGGACCUGAAGUCACGUAACAUCCUCGUGAAAGCCAGCGGGGACUGCUGCAUCGCUGACUUUGGGCUGUCACUCGUGCAGAAAGCCGACGGAACGCUAGACGUCGGUGAUAACCUCAUAGUGGGAACAAAGAGGUGUUUCGGGGCAGGACUACCACUAUCCCUACCAUGACAUGGUGCCGGGGGACCCCAGCAUAGAACUGAUGAGGGAGCUGGUAGUGGACAGGGCUCAGCGACCUCCAUAUCCUGGUCUAGCUGCA